AUGAAGCCAAUCUCACGAGGAGAAGGCCUCGAUGCGCCUGUCGUGGAGGCUCGUUUCCGUCUUUUGGCGGCACAAGAGCCAUAUACCCAGUCCGGUGCAUUUCCCCCGAGACGGGUGCUCAUUGACGAUGGAGAGGCCAUUAAGGUAUCUGGUACCGAUCACAUCUACAAGACAGAAUGGAGAGUUCUCGAUUGGAUGUGA